UCUCUCUCUCUCUCUCUCCCUCUCUCUCUUUCUUUCUUUCAUUCUCUUUUGGUCCACAGUAGAAGAAUGUGUGUGAUUUGGCUAAACAGCUGACCACUCACUUCGCAGUCACGCAGCCAACCUCCUUCUCUCUCCCUCCCUCUCCCCUUCUCUCUCUCUCUAAACCCUUCUUUCAUUUCCCUUUCUUUCACUCCUUGUUGCGUUCCCUGUUGUACUGCGGUUGUGAACCCUGUGAACUGUAAAUCCUGCGGUCAGUCAGUCGGUCGGUACGUUGGUCUGUUCAUCACGGGAGCCAUGGCAGCAGUAGAAGGUUCAGGGGAGAGGUGGAGGCUGGUGUUAUUGGCGGCUCUCCUCAUCUGUGGGUUAAUCCUGGAGUUUGGACAGUGCCAGCAGGAUGAUGGACGGACCACCCCACCAGGCCGUAAGCCCAACCCCAGUAAGGGUAAGCCAGUGAGGGGAGCAGGUAAAGCCACACCCAAACCCAGGGCUAAAGCAACACCGGCUCCCCCAGCAGCGGCCAACCAGGGACCUGUUCACCUGACACGGGUGGUGAAGAAGGGGAAGUUCCAGCGUGUGGAGGACAGUCUGAGCGUCCGGGCCGGUGACACCCUGGAGCUGAGGUGUAAAGGGAACCCUGUUGCCUGGGGCGUUCCUGCUUACCUGGAGGAGGACGACGAGGGGAGACUCAAGACUGUGCAGCAUGACCGGUACGGCACCCUGACCCUGUCUAACUCUACAGGAGCAGACACUGGAGAAUACACCUGCUUCCCCAUGUACUGUGAAGACCGGGACUGCAGGAAGGAGUACGACAAGGCUGUCAAAGUCUUUGUCUUCUUCCCUGACCCCCAGGAGCUGUUCGUCCCCUCCUCCUCCUACUAUGAGGUCAUCCAGCUGAGGACCAAUUGGCCAACAGUCCUCCCCUGUCAGGUGACAUCACCUGAUGCCAAGGUGUCUCUGCACCGGGAGUUUCCCCCAGUAGAGGUAGCGGUGGACGGGGCAGAGAUCACAUUUAACGUUAAACAGGGAUUCACAAUCCACCGGCCCAAGCUACACCAUGCCGGGGAGCUGUACUGUGUCGCCAGCCUUGGAAACCUCAGACAGAGCUCCGUCAAGUACAUGCUCAUAUACGUCAACUACCCGGUGGCGCCCCCGACCCCAGUGAUCCAGGCGUCCUCCAGCUCUGUGGCCAUUGGUCAGAACCUACAGGUCACCUGUACUGUGAUUGGAGAACAGGACGUGGUCAUAGACUUCACCUGGGAGUACCCUGGGCAACAGAUCGGCAGGCCUCUGUACACCCAGGACAGUGUUCAUCCGGAGGGAGGGGGUCUGGGGAGGCAGCAGUCCCAGACCGUCCUCCUGGUGGAUGGGGUGAGGGACGUGGACGGAGGAACUUACACCUGCACCGCCCAGAACCUGCAAGGCUCCAGAACCACCUCCACCACCGUCAAGGUGCUAGCGGCUGCGGCUGCUGCUAAGGACAAAGCCCAAGACAAGCCCAAGCCCAAGAAACCCUGAGAUUCAAUUGACUUCAGAUCAGAGAUAGGCGAGGGAUGGGAUGGAAUAGCCACCAAAGGAGAAGGAAGUAGCCUACCAGGAUGGAACUGGAACUUUUGGUUCUAAUUCCAUGGGUGUUUUUAAACGACCAUUCUACUCCUGACAUUACUAUAGUAUACUGCUGUAUAGCUAUAGGGCUCAAUAAGUCAGCUCUCAUGUAGCUCAUGUAUAUUCAACAGCCAGGAGUAGUUACCACACACAGAGCAUACGGGGUUUACACAGGGCGGAGGGGAAGAGAAAGAUGGCCGGAAGAAUACAAAUUGGGGAGAGAGAGAGAGAAGGGGGGGUACAGAAAUAGAGAGGGACAGACAUCAUUCUGAGCAUCUACAUUGUAGUGAAUGUAUUUCCAUAGACACAAUUAAUGGAUUACAAAUCCUAGAGGACUAUGCAGUAGAAUAACGCUCCUGUAUCGAUGCAGAUUUAAAGGACCAUCAUGUGGUCCUCUGUAGCUCAGCUGGUAGAGCACGGCGCUUGUAACGCCAAGGUAGUGGGUUCGAUCCCCGG